AUGAGCCAGAUUUCGCGUUACGAGCCGCAGCGGACGGCGCCAGCAUCUGUGGACAAUCGACGUUCAUCGAAUUCAUUGUUUCCGCCAUAUUAUCCCGAAAGAACUUCAAGUCUCCCUCGGUCCAAUUCCUCCGAGGCUGAGCAAAGACGCAAUUCCCAGGCUUCCAACACAAUCUCUUCACAGACACUACCUGGGGAAGUAGAAGAAGAAGGAGGAGGAGGAGGAGGAGAAGAAAGUGCAAAGGCCAAGCGAAGAUCGAUAUGGCAAAGAUACUAUCAUUUCCUUCUUGUGGUGCUACCUCGCGGCUGGUCCAUAGAGUACAUCUCAUGUUUUAUUAGUGUCGCGGCUUUUGUGAGUCUCAUGGUUGUGCUCAACCAGUAUGACAACAAACGCAUGCCCUCGUGGCCGCUGGACAUCACACUCAAUACUCUUUUGGCUUUGCUGACAGCUGUCAGCCAGACGUGCUUCGUCUAUCCAGUGGUCCAGGGCAUCUCUCAGAUGAAGUGGAAUUGA